UCGACUGUAUUAACGUAAUCGGAAAAAAAGAGUUAAUAUAUUCGUAUUCGUAAAAUAUGUACACGUGCGUAUGUACUUAUAUCCUCUGCGUCAAUGCAAUUUCACAAAAUGUUACAUGACAUGUUGCGUCUGUACACAAGAGCGUGAUUUUGAUGCGAUGUUCAAAUAAAGCGAUCAAAAACGUAAAUGUAAUGCGAAUUGUAUUAUUGUAUGGAUUAUUGGCAGUUAUUCAAUGAAUUUAUAUAUCGAUAUACUGGUAAUAAGUAGGUAGUAGAUAUAAUUGUGCAAGAUAAACAUCAUAUGGUUCAAAGGCACAAGUAUAUGAGAUCAUACACGUAUGUAAAAUGUCGCGUCUAUGUAAUUUAAAAUUUUGUUCGAUUAUAAAAGGGACUAAACAUACGACAGCUUUGAUAAGCAAAAAGAGUCUACGCACAACAAACGAAACACAAAAUGUGUUCCAUGAAAGCGGUAAAGGUUAUGCCGAUCUCUAUUGGAAGUUUGAGAAACAUAUUUACCCGUUGUACAAAUGUUUGGAUAUAAUUAGAUUAAAGGAAAUUCGUCCUUUAUUGACAAGAAUGAAAAUCUUGCGAACUAAGUAUGACAUCAAUCAUGAGAAAAAGAAUUUCAAGAGCUUGGGAUUUAUAUUAGGUGGCAUUGGCAUAACCAUAGUUCUUUGCGAAGCCAAAAAUCACAGAGAUAAGCAGUUUUUCCGGGCUGCAAAAUAUGGCAACAUUCUAGAAUUAACAAAUAUUAUAAAAGAAGGUAUUGAUGUAAAUAUGCGUCAUCCAUUGGGUUGGACAGCAUUACAUCUUGCUGCUAUUAACGCAAAACCAGAAGUUGUAAAACUUUUGUUAAAACAUGGAGCAGAUGUUAAUGCUCCAGAUGAAUUCAUUAAUGUCUAUGGGACUGCCAUAGAAAAGGGAUUACAUACAUUAGAUGUGCUUGCAAUAAGGGAGGAAGAGUUUUGUGAUCAAUUGAACAGUAGAGCCACCUUCAAAGGUUGUACAGCGUUACAUUAUGCUGUAUUGGCAGACUCUGAGGCUUGUGUGCAUGCAUUAUUAGAAGCAGGAGCUGAUCCAACAAUGAAAAAUGAAUCAGGACAUCGUGCAGUAGAAUAUGCUAAAGAUGGAGCGCUCAAAGAAAUGCUUAUAAAACGUGCGAUAAAAUAUGAUGAAAUAAUGAAGGAAAAAGAAUUAGAAGAACGUCGUAGAUUUCCACUAGAGCAACGUUUGAAACAGUAUAUUGUUGGACAAACUGGAGCAAUAUCUAUUGUUGCAUCUACUAUUAGGAGAAAAGAGAAUGGGUGGAUAGAUGAAAAACAUCCCCUAGUAUUUCUUUUCUUAGGUUCAUCGGGAAUUGGAAAAACUGAAUUGGCUAAACAAUUAGCUGCAUAUAUACAUAAAAAUAAACAGGAAGGAUUUAUUCGAUUAGACAUGUCUGAAUAUCAGGAGAAACAUGAAGUUGCCAAAUUGAUUGGUGCCCCACCAGGAUAUGUGGGUCAUGAUGAUGGUGGACAAUUAACAAAACUUUUAAGGAAAUGCCCAAAUGCUGUGGUAUUAUUUGAUGAGGUUGAUAAAGCUCAUCCUGACGUAUUGACUGUUUUGUUACAAUUAUUUGAUGAAGGAAGACUUACCGACGGUAAAGGUAAAACAAUCGAAUGCAAAAAUGCAAUUUUUAUAAUGACAUCGAAUUUGGCAAGCGAAGUAAUCGCUGAUCAUGCGGUACAUCUUAGAGAAGAAGCUCAACGUGUAGUAGAUCAAAAAUUGGACAAAAAUGUUGAUAUAGAAGAGGAUCCAGAACAUGUUGAAAUAUCUCGUAAUUUUAAGGACGAAGUAGUGAGACCAAUAUUGAAGUCACAUUUUGGUAGAGACGAGUUUUUGGGCAGAAUAAAUGAAAUCGUAUAUUUUUUACCAUUUUCUCAAUCUGAACUUAUAGCAUUAGUCGCAAGAGAAUUAGAAGCUUGGGCAGAUCGUGCGAAAAAAAGGCAUAAAAUAGAAUUGAAGUGGAAUAGAGAAGUUCUAUCACUUUUGGCUGAAGGAUACGAUACCCAUUACGGAGCACGUUCUAUUAAAUACGAGAUUGAAAGACGCGUUGUUAAUCAAUUAGCUGCUGCUCAUGAAAGAGGCCAAUUAGAGAAAGGAUGUUGCGUAUUACUUAAAGUUAAAUGGAAUAAAAAUAACGCAAAUAUAGCGUUGUCAAUACGACGCAAAGGUGCUAAAGAUUUUGUCGAUCUUUCUACAGAGAAUUUAACAAAAAAUAUAAAUCCUGCAUUUUAAUACUAAAUUUAAAAAUUACAUAUUAAAAAUUACUUUGGAUGUAUAAUUUGAACAAAUGUAGAAAGUGUAUUAUAUCUCAUAGUGCGUAUAAAUAAAGAAAUUCGGAACCUUUUGUAUUAUUUAUUAUAGAGAUGAAACAACCUUUGUAAUAAUAAUAUAUGUUUAAUAAUAUGCAACAGUUUUGAGAUCCAAACCAAAAUGUAAAUAAAGGCGAUAAAAUGUA